AAACGUUUGAUUAUUUUCAACGAUGAGGAAAGAAACUUCUUCUACUCCGUGUGGGAACGCGACGUCACGGUUUGCUUCUUUUCGGGUCCCUGUUCAACCCCCGAGGGGUGAAAUAUCUUGCCGUGGAUUGCUGUGUGAGUGUGUUAAGUGUGUGUGAGAGAAUUGCUAUUGUAUAACUUCGUCGUGGACGAGAUACUGAAAUAAAAAUGGCUUCCGCUACACCUGACGGUGCCGAGCAAGAUGCCCCAUCACCAAGCAACCAACACGGCGUACUGCUCACAGGAGAUGCCGAGGAGGAGACGCAGGGCCUGCAAGCUCCGAAAGAGGAGCCGGUUGACAGCGAGGUUAUAAAAAUGGAAGAAAUGGACGGCGAACAAGUCUACGGGGAAGGAGACGCGAAGGCUCCGGUGGUAGCCGACGUUCCCGAAGCGGGAUCGGCCGGAGAAGAAGAGGAGGAAGAAGAAGAUAUGGGUUGCGAGGUUGCCGGAGCAUUGGAGAGCCCGCAGCAGCGAAGCCCAGCGUGCUGCAGCGAAACCUGCGACGGCACAGAGAAGGAGAUGAAGCAGGAACAAAGGGAGGAAAACGAGUCUUCGUCCAGCGACUGCAUAAAGCCGGGCAAAAACGAGGACGGGACUGAGAAAAACGACACCAGCAAAAGGCGAGCCAGUGUGGAGAUGUCAUCGUCGGAUGGGGAACCCCUCAGUCGCAUGGAUUCCGAAGACAGCAUCAGCAGCACGCUGAUGGACAUGUACAGCACGGCGUCCAGCGGCCGCUCCACGCCCGCCAUGAUGAACGGCCAGGGCAGCGCCGCGCCCUCCUCCACCAAGAGCAUGGGCUACACCUGCUGCUGGGACCAGUGCCACGUGUGCUUCAACUCCAGCCCCGACCUGGCCGAGCACAUCCGGGGGCUGCACGUGGACGGCCAGCGCGGGGGGGUGUUCGUGUGCCUGUGGAAGGGCUGCAAGGUGUACAACACGCCCUCCACCAGCCAGAGCUGGCUCCAGAGGCACAUGCUGACGCACAGCGGGGACAAACCCUUCAAGUGCGUGGUGGGCGGCUGCAAUGCCAGCUUCGCGUCCCAGGGGGGGCUGGCGCGCCAUGUGCCCACCCACUUCAGCCAGCAGAACUCGUCCAAGAUGUCCGGCCAGUCCAGGAUGAAGGAGGAGUCGCCGUCCAAGGCCGGCCUCAGCAGGAGGAGGAAGCUGAAGAACAAGCACCGCAGGGCCUUGCAGCGGCCGCACGACUUCUUUGACGCGCAGACGAUGGACGCCAUCCGGCACCGGGCCAUCUGCCUGAACCUGGCCACGCACAUGGAGAGCCUGGGCCACGGCCACAGCGUGGUCUUCCACAGCACGGUAAUAGCGAGGAGAAAGGAGGAUUCUGGGAAGGUCAAGGUCCUCCUGCACUGGACUCCUGAGGACAUGAAAGCUUUUGGGAAAAGCUUUAUGCGAAGGCCCGCUCUCUGGCUGCAGUGAUGGACGUCGUUUGACAGGAAAGUGGGAACUGAAGUCGCUGGGCCGGGCCUGAUGAAGGGACGUCAGCGGGGAUGGAGGAAACAGAGCGAUCUCCUGGGCUCUCGUGAAACGCUAAACCUUGAAAAGCACACAAAUGAUGUCAACACGUCCCCUCUCUGGAGUAAACACAUCGCUGUUCAAAUUUAAGACUGCAGUCCCCCUCCCCCCCCCUCACUCUGGGAGAGAGUGUUCUGAGCAUCGCCAUGUUCUUUGCAUAAAUCCAUAGACGGGGUCCGUCAGGUAACUUUUCGGGAUGAGUUUUUGUGGAGGAGAAGUCCUCCCUCGCCUCUGCUCCGGCUCCAGAACCGUGUCAAUAGGGCCCAGAGUGUGCUUUGAUCGUGGGAGCCCUGGAUCUGAAGCAGAUAAACAAAGAUCAUCUUGACAUCGCCGCGGUGAUCAGCAGUGACAGCGGUGCGGGGGAAAAAGAGCUCGUUAUGCUGCAGCGCUGCAGAGGUACAGAGGGCCCGUACCCAGAGGACCGCUGACUGAAGUCCUUCAUCUCCUCUACAGAGAGGAUCACAGGGCGGGAGAGACGGCGUGAUGUAAGAAAUUGGGGAUUGCGGGUGACAGCUCCCGAGCUUUGGGGCGCAGAGCCCCCCCCCUCACUGCCCCCCGCCCCCCACCGUCCCUCGCUCUCCCGCCCCCGCGCUGCGUCGGAGUCGAGCGCCAGGAAAAAAAACUUUGGCUCGGACCCCCGGCCACUGGAAUGGAACCCGCGCCGAUCGGGGCGAGGACGGAUCUGUGGGGGCUGCGUCGAGUCAUUAAUGCAAGGCUGAGCCCCCCCCUCCCCCUCCCCCCCUUCUCCAUUUUAAUGAUCAGCAGUUUGGGGGAGAGGGGGGAUGCAGAGGGGGGUGGGGACAGCCGCACUAGGCGGUAAGCUGAUACAGGGGCUGCCACACUGAGGGCAGACAUGGCCGCCGCUGUAGAAACAGCCAAUGGGAAGAGCUGCACCGGGGAGGGGUGACAUGGAGCGUGCCCUGCGGUCACCAGUAACGAGCAACCCAAUCGCCUGGGCCAAUGGGCCGGGCUCGGGCGCUUCCUGCCCUCCUCUGCGGCUCCUGUGAUCUGGAGCGGGGAGGCGUAUCUCUGAGAGGAGGGGAGGGGAGGGGAGGGGAGGGGAGGGGAGGGAGAGGAGAAAGGGAGAGGGAGACAGAAACUGUAAUGAGCUAGAACGUGGGAGACCAUUAAGAUCAAUGAGUGGAUCAGGGAAGAAAAAAGGCGUCUGAAUUGGCCUCUUUCUUAUCAUCAUCUCCAAGUGCCACUGUGGGCCUUUAUAAGAGAGGCACCUCUGAGGGAAUGCUUGGUUUCAUUAACAUUUAAAGGCAAAGUGCAAAGCCAUUUCUACGACUUUUUUUAUGUGACUUUAAUGACUAGUGACUUUUUGGCAUACUUUAAUUGUUCAAUGUUUGAAAAGCUGGUUGUUCUUAAUGAGGUGAUACUGCGAUGUUUGAUGGUCUGUCUAGCUGCAGGGUUCUCAGUGUGCUGGUACCCAAUGUAAAUGCUCGUUCUGAUGUAUAUGUUUCUCUUUUGUAACGUCUGUGUUUGAGAAUUAGAACCAGUUUUGUUGCCCCUCUCUGUACCUUCUAAAUACUUGCAGUUUUGCUGCUUCGUGUCCCCAAAUUUUGAAUUGAUGCUCUGAUAAAGCAACGUUUGCUAGGUAUGUCAGGAUUAGUGACUACAUAACCUCCAAUUCUAGAUGUUGUAAACAGUAAAUGUUCUUCAUUCAUUCAUUGCUUUUUGAAGUUCUUUGCUUUGCCAUUCCAGAGUUUUGAAUCACUGACAAAUUUAACUACAUUUUAUCAAGGUUAUUUGUGUAAACUAGUACUAGGCCCCGAAACCAAUCUGAGACAGUACUUUCGACUACACACGACCCCUCUUACCACUGUGAAGUCUAAUAUAAUCUUUCCCCUUAAAUUACAAUUUGAUUGUGAGAGUAAAAUCAUUGUAUAGACGUAUCAUUCUCCCUCUAAUGGUACAUUUCUAAAUUUAAAAAAAUAUACACAUUUUUAAAUAGUUAAUCUCUCCUAGUUAUACUGUUGACUACAGAUUCAUAUCCUGGUGACUUAUUCAUAUCUCUGUCAUAUUCCCCAGUUCUUCCCCGGUAUUACUGAAUGCAUCUUUAGCUUUGGCUGAGUGAGUUUGGAAGCACUGUCACAACCUAUUUUGGUGCAGACUCUGAGUCUUUGCUCAGAUAUGAAAGUAUAAUUUUUACGGCACCAUUGGAAUGAACAAUUUGCAUUGAUGCAGUACAGCGAAAGAAAAACUCCACUAAGCAGAAACGCACACACAGAAGUACGCGCGCACACACACACACACACACACACACACACAGACACACAUACACUCACACACACACGCGCGCGUGCACACAGAAGUACGCGCACACAGACACACACACACACAGGCACGCACACACACACACACACAGGGACACACACAGACACACAGACACACACACACACACGCGCGCACACACACACACACACACACACACGCACACACGCAGAGUCACUCUUGGCAGUCCUGGCGGUUAGCGUUUGACGUCAGUGCGAGAGCGCUACGGCAGCAGCCCUGGUGUGUGCCUGCGAGUGGCCCAGGUGCUCAUGGUUAAUAUUUAAUGCUGUUUGUUUGGGAGGGGCUGCUGGGCAGGCCCCGGCUGUGCCACGGUGCGCAGGGGGGCGAGGCGUGACAUCACAGGGCUAGCACAUCACGCAAAACCAGUUACAGAGGGAACAGAUUUACAGCCGCUCGCUAUCAUGCCACGCCAGUGCCUUACUGCUUAUUUACCAUUUACAACCAUCUUACCCUCACAGUUUACAUCUGACACUUGCUUAUCAAGCUGGCUGAUCAAAUUCAGAUUUAAAUAUGCUCUAUUUGCAUGCCCACGCACAGCAGUUAUUUUCAUAAAAUAUAGAUCAACAAUGACAAAAAUAUCAAAUGCAUUAGGCAAUUACGUUUAUUUUUUAAAGAACAUUCAAUUCAUUAUAAUGUAUUAUUGUUGUCCACGAUUUUUGCAAUCUUGUUGCUACAGAUAUGGUAUAUCAGUGCUGACAUAAAUUCCCUUUGGCAAUUUCUAAGCUGGAUAAAAUAUAAUCCUAGACAUAAUGUAAUUUAACUCCAGUAAUAAAAGUACCAUACUACUCAGUAAGUCCAGAAUUCCUAAGGUUUACCCGUCCCUUUCCAAAACAGCCCAUCUCUCUCUUUUGACCUGUUUGUGUUCGCUUGUGUAUGUAUGUCAGCCAGGCCAGGCUUUAUGGUAGCAUGCAUUCCAUGCACUCCACACUUCCUCUACAGAAUGAAAAAUCACGUCUCCCCCUCUCCCUCUCUCUCUCUCUCUCUCUCUCUCUCUCUCUCUCUCUCUCUCUCUCUCUCUCCUCUCCUCCCUCCCUCUCCCCCUCUCUCUCUCUCUCUCUCUGUCCCUCCCCUCUCUUCCCCUCCCUUCCCUUCGUCACUCCCUGCCCGUUUCUCUCUCACGCUCGUCUGUGUGUUGUGGGGUUGUAUUUUGGGAAUGUGUAAGGCCUGUUCCUCACGUCGCUGGCAGGCUGAACGCUCGGGGUGCCCGACUCUGAGCACCGAAUCAUUCACAGUGCUCAGCGCGGGUGCUCAGCGCGGGCCCUCCGCCUCCCCCUCUCACAGCUCCGACGAGGGGGAGGUGCUAAUUAAGAACCACGCUCCUAGUAGCACCUCUCCCGUACAGGGAAAGGGGAUCGCAGCCCCAGAGCCGUGCAGAUACUCCGGUUUCAGAACACGCUGUUCUGUCAUCUCUGUGUUUUUGGGUGUGUUCUGUUCACCGGGGAGCGCUGCUGGCCGUGCUCGUGCUGGCUGUGUUUGAAGACUGAUUUAUGAUGAAAGGGUUUGUCGAAGGCGAUUUGUGACCGUUGGUGAAACGGUGUGAGUGAAACACCACGGUCAUUUUAUGUUAUUUAUAAAGGCUAUUCAGAAUCUUAUCGUCAGAUAUGUUGUCUUACUGUUUGUGUCAUGUUGUGUAUGAUUUGGUGUUUUGAUUGUGACCCCUGGUGCUGGUGCAGUAGUACUUGUAAGAUGGUGAUGACCAGUCCUGGUAUCCAAUCAUGGUAUCCAAUCAGCCGCCCCCCUUUCCCUUGAAUGGAACCCUAAAAAACACUUCAUCAGCUUGCCGCUGCAAUGACAGUGAAGAAUGGCACAGGAGCCCACACAAAGCAUUGCCUAAUGUUUAGAUUGGGUUUUCUCCUUCCCACAAUGCACCAGGGAAGCGGACCACCCGGCUCAGCGCUUUCUGAUGCCCUUGUUUGCACCUGAUGGUUUUUUUUUUUUCGCCGCUCCUGUCAGCAGCGUCUGAAGGCCGGCUCAAAGGGGCUGGAGGCGGGGGCAGAGUGCGGGCGGGCGGGGGGGGGGGGGUCCUAGCGUUAGCCAGCUCCGGAAAACCACCAAAAAAAGGGAAUAAAUGGCAAAGCGGGAGCUCUUCGCAGAGAGCAGGCGAAACGCUGACGUCAGCUUUACUCCUGAGGAUCCCGGCGAGUAAACGAACUUCACGAGGGUUUUGAAAGCGUUACCGGGCCGGGCUCGGGCUCCCGGGCUCAUAUGCAGGAGAGUUUAUCGAGCUGUCUGAAGCCCCCCGAGACUCUGAGGUUUUGCGCAGGCCGUUCUGAAUAGAACACAGAUAAAUACGCAGUUUAGCGCUGAUAAGGACGGGUAGCCCCAGGAGCGUCGGCUGGAAGGGCCGCUGAGGGCUGAGGGUGGAGACGGUCUGAGCGCGCUCUCCCCCCCCAGCGCUGACGCCGCCCGCCCUCGCUCCGUUUUCCCGCCGAAUCCGAAAGGCGCUCGGUUCUCUGUGCGCCGCCGUCGCCGCCUCGGGAGCACGUCUGAUUGGUGGAAGAAGAGGGGCAGUGGAACGCGCACCGGAUCCGUUAAUGGCUGCCGCUCCCCUGUGCACCCACCGAACGGGACGUUCUGUAAUCCGAAAGCCCCCGUUCCGGUCACAGCCGGGACACGGUCUCUGUGUUUGACCCACUUCCAGCGCUGUUACAAUUGAUUGUUCCUAAUAAGGAGGUUUGUGUUACAGCAUGAAAGUCCCCACAAGUCGUUUUUUUAUUUAUUUAAAGGGAGCGUUUGAUUAGUGCAUCAGGGUCAUUGAUAUUCACAGCCGGCCCUCGGGGAGCUUUUAUUAGACGCUGAGCAUUAAUCCCCGCUGAAGGAAUGUGUGCAUGUGUGUGUGUGCACACGCUCGGCCCUACUGUGGAAAAGUAUCCUCCUCUGGGGACUUUAUUUGGAAUGGCCUAUAAAUUUCUGGGUCACCAAAAAAAAAAAAAAAAACAAAAAAAAAAGAAAAGAAAAAAACAAA